UGGUAGAUGUCGUGGUGGUGGUCGUCGUGGUGGUCGUCGUCGUGGUGGUGGUCGUCGUGGUGGUAGUGGCUGA